AUGGCUGCUACUACUACCACCUCUGAGGAUAACUCUGCUGCUUCCUCCUCCACAGUGGGACCUGAUCUGCCCGAAACCAGUCCCGGAUCUGGACCAGAGACAGACCCUGAGCCCAUGGAGAACCAUAAUGGUGACCCAAAGGAGAGAGAAGAGGAAGAAGAGGGGCAUGCAAACGGGACCCCAACCACGGGACAGGACAGGGACCUUGAGUGGGUGGAGGAGAGGUUCAGGAUUGACAGGAAGAAGCUGGAGCACAUGAUAUAUUCUCCAAAGACGGACAUUGUAGAGACAGGAGAGGAGUUUUUCGAGCGAGUGAUGCGAGAGACAGAGACGCAGGUGAAAUGGCCAUCCAAGCUGAAGAUCGGUGCCAAGUCAAAGAAAGAUCCACAUGUGAAAGUUGAGGGCAAAAGAGACAAUGUUUUACAAGCAAAGAAGAUGAUUUUGGAUGUCCUUGAAACCAAGGUGAACAGGGUGACUCUAAAGAUGGAAGUGGCACACACCGAGCACCCCCAUGUGAUCGGGAAAGGAGGAGGAAACAUCAAAAAAGUCAUAGAGGUCACGUCUUGUCAUAUCCACUUUCCUGAUUCAAAUCGGCACAAUGCAUCUGGAGAGAAAAGCAACCAGGUGUCGAUCACUGGACCCAUAGAUGGGGUGGAAGAAGCCAGAAAAAGGAUUAGAGAUCUGCAGGCGCUGGCCUUGACCUUUGACAUGCCCGUAAGCGUUGUGCCGCAGCCGUUGCCUGAUGUUGGUUCCCCACUCAUCCAGGAGGUGGUGCAGUCUCUCGGCGUCAGCGUGAGCUUUAGGGCAGUGCCUCAGACGCAGCCUGGUUUCUGUGGGAGCUGCUGUACUGUCUGGGGGCUGCAGGGAAACGCAGCAAAUGUCAAGAAAGCCACCUGUAUACUGAUGGAGCAGCUCUUGGGGUCAGAGGUCACGGCGGGGGUUGUGAGCACACAGCUGGAUGUGACUUCGCAGCAGCACCUCUUCCUGUUGGGACAGAAUGGAGCUCAUUUUCUCAGUGUCAUGCACCAAACCCAAACUCAAAUAAUUUUACCGGACCUGAGCGCUCCACAGAGCCCCCCCAAUCUGCUCAUCCAGGGUAAUCCUGAUGGGGUAUGCCUGGCACGACAACAGCUCAUGGACUGCCUGCCUGUCUGUUUGAUGUUCGACAUGAGAGAGGACGGAGAUGCAGAUCCCUCUAAACUGGCUCAGAUGAUGCAAAACCUGGGAGUCUUCAUUAGUGUCAAGCCCAAAGUCAAACAAACCAGCAAGUCGGUGGUAGUAAAAGGUUUGGAGAGGAAUAUUUCUUGUCUUUACGAGGCACGUUGUCUCCUCCUCGGUCUGGAUUCUAGUGAAACUGCCAAAGAAACCCAAGUGACCCUUGACCCCUUAACGGCUGGCAGCGGGAUGACCCACUACUGGCUCAACUUGUUACUGCAACAGCUGAGGAUCUCUGAGCAGGGCAAUGCACCUGCUACAUCUUCAGAGGGCGCAAAGCCCCGCCCCUCGCCACCUCCAGGCCUCAGCCCUCCCUCUGAUGAAAGUAGGACCACACUGAAGGGGACAGACAGCCGUCCAUUAGAAAAGAUUCUAGAAAAUGAGGAUCUGUCUGGCCAGUCAGAAGAUGAAGAUGCUAAAGACACGUCCCCUGAUCUUUGUGACACAGUGGUACAGAGAUCAGGGGACGUAAACAGAGUGGACUUUCUGUCUCGAAGGGGUAGCCUCUCGACUCCGGAUAUCAACAGGAUUUAUGGUAGAGGAAGACGCCAUUCCACGGGACAGGCCCUCUCAUACAGAUUACUAAAUAGCUCAGAGGAGGGAGGACGGCGGAGCAGCCUGAGGGUGGACCAUGCUGACUCAUUCAGAUCUGAGGACUUUGACUAUGAGAAGAAGAAGCUGCUUGCAACCAGAGCCAUGCAGAGGAAGCCUGUGGUGACUGAAGUGCGCACUCCCACUGACACGUGGAGUGGUCUGGGUUUCUCUAAGUCGAUGCCAGCCGAGGCCAUCAAAGAGCUGCGUAACGUCAGUCGCCGUAACUACAAACCCUACCUAAGCGCCAACCAGCAGCCUUGGGCGGCUCAUUUGAACAAAGUGUGCAACGGCAGUGAGUCUGAGAACUGGAGAGAGAGGAGGGGCUCUUCUUCCUCUUCUUCAUCCCCCUCUUCUCCUCCCUCCACCCUCCCAUCCGCCUCUGCCUUCCCCGCAUUCACGUCCUCCGGGAACAGAGGAAGGAGCGACAAAACCUGUAACGGACAGUUCUCCUGUAGCUGCAGUUACUUCGAGGGGGUGUGUUCUUCACGGUGGGCAUCGACCUGUAGCCAGAGAAGCCCCUCCCCCCAGAUGUCUGAUGACCUGCCCUCGCUGCUCAGCCAACUGGGCCUGCUCAAAUACAUCGACGUGUUUGAAGAACAGGAGAUUGACUACCAGACCUUUCUCACUCUGUCCGACGAAGACCUGAAGGAAGUGGGUAUCUUUACGUUUGGCGCCAGGCGCAAGAUGCUACUGGCCAUUUCAGCCCUUAACUGCAGCAAGAGAAGGUUGUCAGAUGCAUCCAGUGUGAAGUCGGGGUACCUAGAGGGCGGAGCUAGUGGGCGACUCCCACGAGUCAUGGAUCUAGACGCUGCAGCUCAGAGCAACCACUGUUGAUGCCAACCGAUGGACGCCAAGUUUCUACUAAAGAUUUAAAUUUUAUGACAAAGAUUAAAGGUGCACUAUGUAACUUUUCUGGUAGAGGGCCCACCACCUGCUUGACUCCAUGUAGAUGUUUUUGUUUUAUCCUGGAAUGUUCUACAGUAUAACAUUUAAUUUACCUAUCUCCAUGGAGACAAGCAGACCACAUCAUUAGGCCAAGUUAUAAGUCAGAUCUGUGAAGAAGUGGGCCCACUCACAGUAAGAAGGCAUGUCUUUGUGGUAGUUUUGAGAAAUAAAAACACCUGUAAAUGAAUAAAUACAAGAUAUAUUAGUUUAUUGCCAAACUGUGGAAUAUCCCAGGCAAAGCAAUGACACAUGACACAUCACCAUGAGACAAGCAUAUAGCAGACUCUCCACCAGAAAAGAUACGCAGUGCACCUUUAAGCCAAUAAAUGUCCCAAGAAACAAACAGUAUGCAGUACAGUUCAUUAUACAAAUCCAGUGCCUUUUACUACAGCUGUGCCAAAGCUCGAGACAAAGAGGUCCUCUAUGUCAAACCUCUGAUACAUGAAACAGCUGGAAACUCGCUGAGAGUAUUAAAUGUGUAUUUUGUAUUUUGUCUA